UAUAUUAAAAUGUGAAUAGAUUUAACAACAAGGAACCAUCAACAGAUGGUAUUGUAACAACAACAGUAUUUCAAAUGGUUGAUGGAGAUGGCAGCGAAUGGAAGGAACAGAAGGAUGUGGAUGUUUGUGAACUAACGAAGCAGAUACGUGAGCACGCCAUCGCAGAAAAUCUCGCCAAAAAGCUUAAACAGCCAAAAAGCCAACAAGACACAACUAAUUCUGCAUCAUCUAGUUCUACAGCUGCUUCAUCGAAGCCAUCAGAAGCAACCAGAAGUGCAAGCUAUACCAGGAAACUCCCAGAAGGAAUUCAUGAGAAACUUGUUAUUAAACUUGCUGUACCUGACACUUUCCAUCCUCCUACCAUAUUUGACCAGCCACAUCGAAGAUCCAGUUUGCUUCAACGACUUCGUCGAGCCGUAUUUGGUCAGCAACUUCAAACAGCAGAGGUACCUAGCAGAAAUCCUAUUCAACAUCACAAGGAAAUUUUUAUACCAAGUGAUGUCACAUGCAUUUGGGACUAUGCCGGUCAACUGACCUAUUAUAUAUCUCACAGGUUUUUCUUGACAGAUGGAUCAUCUUACUGUGUCGUGUUUAGUGUGUUAGAUGAUUUGGAUGCUCUAGCAAACCCAAGAGAUUUCUUACAAGGACAAUUUGAAAUGACAAAUCUUCAGAUGAAUGUAUUUUGGAUGCGGUCAAUAUACGAACAUGCUGUACUACCCUAUAGUGGAAGGACACAGAAGUUGAUCAAUGGCAUAUCAUCACCCACGAUUAGUUUAGUUGCCACACAUAAAGACAAACUGUUGGGGACUGAGUCAGAAAAGGACAAGUUGAUCACAACCAAGUUCAAAAGAAUAUUUGAUGAAGUCAAGGGAACACCAUAUGAAAGCCAUGUAGAUCGCGAGAUGUAUGUUGUAGAUAACACUGUGGCUAAGGAUGAAGGGAUUGAGAAAUUGAAGAAGAAUAUCGGAGGAUAUAUGAAGGCAACGGCUAAACCUAUUCCCACUACCUGGGUGGAUUUCCAGUCAAAAGUACAAGACGUUGGAAAAACAAGACUUCAUGUUUCCUUAGAUGAGAUGUGUAUAAGAGACAGGCCUACACUGAUGCAUUUAUGGAAUAGACUCGACAGUGAGGGAAUUCUACAAGAACAGUUGCUACGUCAUUUGUGGAGACGUGAGAUAGAAAAUGAUACCAGCAACUUUGAGGUAUUCCUUGAACUGCUUAAGAUGUUUGGGUUACUGUUUGAGAAACAAAAGGGAUCUCAACCUGGUAACCGAAUGUUCAUGGUUCCCACUCGGAUGCAAAUCAAUAAAGAGGGCUUGGAAGUUAAAGAAGACGAGCAGCAAACGGUAUCGAUAUAUGUGACUCCUACCGACUUCCUACCAGAUGCUGUCUACAAUCUGCUGGUGGUUUCGUUUUUAGACUUGAUGAAUGACAAAGGUAGAAGUAGUGAUCAUGUGGAAUUGUUUCGGAAUCGUAGUGACUUUGACUUAGAUGAUGAGCAUGUGGUGAGUCUAGGAGCUGUCAAAAUCAAGAACAGGCAUGCACUGAAGAUUGAAAUAUCACAUAGGAUAAAAGUUGAUGAACAUGGCAAAGAAGAACCUCUCGAACCACAUCCUAGCAUCUGCAUGGAGGUAUUAAGUUACCUUCGUCAGCAAUUGAAAACUGUGUAUGUUACUACAGAAGGAGUUGGCUAUGAAUUACGCAUCCUUUGUAAUGCCUGUGAUGCUACGCUGCGACCGCUGCAUAAACUUGAGGAUUGUUUGAAAAAAGAUAGUGUGCCAUGUGGAAAAAGAAAGUCAGUUGCAACGACUCGUAUCAUACGACUUUUUUCAACAGGCAAUUACUUUACCUGUGGUUGUCUCCUUCCACCAAAGAGUACAAGUGGGUACCUGGUAUUAAGUUACCUUCGACAGCAGUUGAAAACUGUGUAUGUUACUACAGAAGGAGUCGGCUAUGAGUUGCGUGUCCUUUGUCAUGCCUGUGAACCUAUGCUGCGACCGCUGCAUAAAAUUGAGGAAUGUUUGAAAAAAGACAGUGUGCCAUGUGGAAAAAAUAAGUUAGUCACAACAGCUCGUAUCAGACGACUCUUUUCAACAGGUUGGUGUAAGAAUAUAAUUUGUUUAUGA